AUUUCAACUGGUAUUUCGGUAGGCAAACUCCCUCCUCGCGAAGCCUCCUUUGGUUGAAUGCUGACAUGAACCAGAUUCUGUUGGCCUUCCAAGCCGUGGCCAUCGUUGCCUCAAAUGACUCCGUACAAGCCUACAGCCUCGGCUUGUGGCUCUGGCUUUCCGGUUUGAUCUUCGCUGGCGUCCAGAUCUUGCAGGACACCAAAGUGUUUGAUGAGCUUCUGUCCAACAACCCCGUUUCCUUCGGCCUCAAACUUGCGAGCCUGGUCCUCACUGUGGGUCUCAUUGUGACGAGCGUCACUCUGCCCAGGAGACCGGAUGUCUACUUUGAGAACAGGAUGGUCGACCGCCUUAGGACGGUCCCUGCCUACAGCCGCUUCACCUGGGGCUGGUGCAGCGGAAUCAUCGACCUGGCCACCAAGAAGAAGGAUCUUGAUGCGUCUGACCUGCCUAAGCCGGACCACUGGACCCGUUCCGAAGACUCGGCUGCAUCAUGGAAGUCGUACAACUUCCAGCCCGAUUCCAGCCUGUGGUGGUCCAUCAUUUGGGCGUACCGGGUGCCUCUGUUCGUCCAAUGGUCCAUUGCUAUUUCCAAGGCCUUCUUGAGUCUUGCCCCGUCAUGGAUCACGCUACAAAUCCUUGAGACCCUUCAACGUAGAAAGCCUGGUGAAGAUCUCCCUGCCGAUAUCUGGAUCUUGGUCUUUUGGCUUGGUCUGGCUAUUCUGGCCGAUGCUUGGGUUGAGGCGACCAUGUUCUGGCUGUCUUGGGCCGAGCUCUGCAUUCCCCUCAGAGGCGCUCUCUCUGCCCUCAUCUUUGAGAAGUCGAUGCGCAGGAAGAACGUCAAGGCGGCCUCCAAGCAGGAAGCCGAAGAGAAGGAGGAUGAUGCCAAGCCAAAGGAUGACAAGAAGAAGAAAUCUGAUGAAGAAGAGGCCGAAGACGACAACGUGCUCAAGUCGAAGCAAGCCAUCAUCAAUCUGAUUGGCGUCGACGCCAAGCGCAUUUCCGAUUUCGCCGCCUUCCAGUUCCUCUUCCCGUCCAGCGCUGCCAAGCUCCUCGUUGCCAUCUGGUUCCUCGUUUAUUUGCUUGGCUGGGGACCCCUCGGUGCCGGGUUGCUCGCGUGGGCCAUCCUUCUUCCCAUCAACUUCUCGUACGCCAAGGUGUACUCUAAGGCUCAGGAUAAGCUCAUGAAGAUUCGUGAUCAAAAGCUGGCCGUCGUCAACGAGGCCCUCGUAGGCAUGCGCCAAAUCAAGUUUUCCGCACUCGAGCCUCAGUGGGAGAAGCGCAUCCUGGCCAUGCGAGAGAAGGAACUCGGUGCCCUCUGGCAGGUUUUCAAGGGUGACACCGUGCUCUUUGGCAUGUGGAUCACCAGCCCCAUUGCCCUGGCCGCUGUUUCCCUGGCUGUGUAUGCAUGGCUCAACGGUACCUUGAUCCCAUCUGUUGCCUUUGUCAGUAUCGGCGUCUUCAAGAACCUCGAGGUCACUCUCGCUGUCCUUCCCGAGCUUAUCACUGAUGUCAUCGAUGCCAACAUCUCUGUCAAGAGAAUGCAGGACUACCUGAACGGACCUGAGAAGACCAAGACUGUGACCGAGGGACCUGAUGUUGCCUUCGAGAACGCCACUAUCGCGUGGCCCGUCGACGACGAGACUAAGGACGAGGACAGGUUCAUCCUCCGUAACGUUGACGUCACUUUUCCCGCUGGCGAGUUGUCCGUCAUCUCUGGCAAGACUGGUACCGGUAAGAGUCUGAUGCUGGCUGCCGUCCUUGGCGAGUCGGAUCUCCUAUCCGGUACAAUCUACGCGCCGAAGCCGCCCUCAAUCAAAGAGAGAAACGAUGACAAGGCCAAUCGUGGCAACUGGAUUAUCCCGAGCGGCAUUUCCUUCGUCGGCCAGAUUCCGUGGAUCGAGAAUGCCACACUCAAGAGCAACAUUCUUUUCGGACUUCCCUUCGACGAGGAGAGGUACAACCAAACGAUCGAGGCAUGCGCCUUGAAGAAGGAUUUGGAGAUGCUUGCAGAUGGUGACAGAACCGAGUUGGGAGCCAACGGUAUCAACCUCAGUGGUGGUCAGAAGUGGCGCCUCACCCUCGCCAGAGCCAUCUACUCUCGUGCCGGCAUUCUUGUCCUCGACGACAUUUUCUCCGCUGUUGAUGCCCAUGUCGGUCGCCACAUCUACGAAAAGUGUCUCACUGGCGACCUCUGCCAGGGCCGAACCCGAAUCCUCGUCACUCACCACGUCGCUCUCUGCGAGCCCCGGACUAAGUUCAUCGUCGAGCUGGGUGACGGCACUGUCCAGCACUCCGGUUUCCUGUCCGAGCUGACUGAGGAUGGAACGCUACAGAUGAUCAAGAGCCACGAGCAGACUUCCCAGGAGAUUGCGGAUGAAGAGGCCACUGCGGUCAAUUCUGAAGAGGCUUCUGAUGUCGAGAUCCCCGAGGUUGCUGAGCUCAACGGAGAUGGCGGUAUCUUGAAGAAGGUUCCCUCAAAGGCUGCACGUGCGUUUGUCGAGGAUGAGGCCCGCGAAAAGGGCUCUAUCAAGAAGCAUGUCUACGCUGCGUACUUGAGCCAGAGUGGUGGCUUGCCCUGGUGGGGAUUCGGCUUCCUUCUUUUCGUCAUCUACCAAUUUGUCGUCAUUGGACGGUCAUGGUGGCUUCGAAUUUGGACUGGCACAUCGGAGCAGUCCAUCAAGACCUUCGGUCAGCAACCGCAACACCAAUAUGCCUACGCCUUCACCCUUCAGCACAGCGAGCUUCACGUGCCAUCAAACAACACCGUCAGCAUCAACAUGGACAAGGACACUAUGUUCUACCUGGGUAUCUACGUCGGUAUUUCUGCCUUCUCCGCCAUUCUCGGUACAGGCCGUUUCUUCUACUUCUUCGUGAUGAGCUACAAGGCUAGUCGUCGCAUGUUUGAGGGUAUCACCAGAACCGUGCUCCGCACCCCGCUCCGAUGGCUCGAUACCGUUCCCACCGGCCGCGUGCUGAACCGUUUCACCGCCGAUUUUAACGUCAUUGACAACAGGCUCGGCAUGGAUCUUUCUGGCGUCUUUGGCGCCUUCCUCAGCGUCAUUGGAAUUUGCGUCACCGCCUUCUACGUCUCGCCACUCAUCAUCCCCCUGGCCUUUGUCCUGCUCCUCAUUGCCGUCUGGAUCGCCAUGCGCUACCUCGCGGGCGCCAGACCGGCCAAGAGACUGGAGAGCACGACAAAGUCCCCCAUCUUUGACCUCUUUGGCUCCACGCUCGUCGGCAUGAUGACCAUCCGCGGUUCCGACAAGGCCCAGACGUACAUCGACUCCAUGUACUCCCGCCUCGACGAUUACGGCAUGGCCUCCUGGCACCUGUGGCUCUUCAACCGCUGGAUGGGCUGGCGCAUGUCACUCAUCGGUGCCAUGUUCUCCACCGCCGUCGGCUUCGUCGUCCUUGGCAGCCCCUCGAUGGGCGCCGCCCUCGCCGGUUUCACGCUCUCCUUUGCUCUCGAGUUUUCUCAGGCCAUUGUCUGGUCCAUCCGCCACUACGCCAACAUUGAACUCGACAUGAAUGCCGCGGAGCGCGUCGUCGAGUAUUCGGACCUGAAGACUGAGGACCAGGGUGGCGUCGAGCCCCCCGCGACAUGGCCCACCGAGGGCAAGCUCGAGGUCAAGGACCUUGUCGUAAGCUACGCCGAGGACCUCUCCCCCGUCCUCAAGGGCCUCACCUUUAGCGUCAAGAAGAAC